AUGGAAAUAGAUUACAAGUUGCCCGUUUUAAUACUCAUUUCAUAUUUUACAUUACUGAUACCAUCUCUGUUUUGGAUCAUAUCACCUCAAUUAAAAAGGAGCUUUGAUCAACACUCGACAGAGACCACACUAUUGUUUGUAUUGACUGGCGUUUUUACGACAAUAACAUGGAUUUUUGUCUGCAAGUUUAUGUAUUUGGAUUAUACUAUUUGGUCAUUCUCAAAAGGAUUUCAUUGGGAUUUCUCACUUAAUGCUAUCUCUCACUGGUUACAUGAUGUUUGCUUAUUUGAAAAUGUUGUUCGUGAAGCAGCAACAGGCGCUUGGUCAUGGUUAUGGACUCAUCAGAUAGCCACAUUUGAAGUCAUUGUAUGGACAACCAUCUUGACUAUUGAAGGUUGGAGACGACGUAUUCCUCACUUGUGGGCUUAUAUGCUACUAUGUAAAGCCAUGGGUGUGUCAACAGCAAUGGGUAUAUUCUGUGUAGUCAUGCUAUCACAUCCUCCCAUUAGAAGACGGCCUUCACCUAAAUUACUAGGCGUUUUGGCAUUUUCCAUUACUGUCGGCCUAGUCACUGUCUUGAUCACUCCUUAUGUUAGUACGAGCAGCAGCUUUAUGACAAAUCUUGUGGCUAUGCAAGCCGUGGCUCUGCUGCCACUUAUUGGUGAUUAUGAUGAACAACCUGCACUCACAGUCUAUGAUGGAACACCUAAAUUUAUCACAUUAUUAUACUGUUUUAACGCUGGUGCCAACUUUUCCAUCUAUCUUCAACAAUGGAUUAAAUGCUUCAUGACCUGUACUGAAUCUAAACAUAUCCUUUGCCGCGUGGUUUCGACAUACAUUGAUGUCUUUUGGGAACAUCCUGCACAAACUGUCAUCAACUUGGAUAAUAUAGGUACAAGUGUCAUGAGUGUUGUUUGGAUGUGGUUGUAUAGUCAACAAGAAUUCAAAAAGCGCGUACCAUCCUGGGCAUGGACCACUAUACUACUAACUCCAAUCCUAACCGCCUCUGUCACUCUGCCCAUCUUUUUGUCUGCCUAUGAAUGUUCAAGAUUGACUGUCAAGCAGAAAAAGCAUGAAUAA